UACAUGUCUUCUUUAGGGUUGGGUCCCCAGCAGGAUUUAUUUCUGCGUCAAGGAAGAUUACAGCUAAUAGGAUUUGCUUCUUGGAGGCUGUUGGCAUGUUUGGUGCAAACCCCUGCACAGUGCUUUCUUAAAGGAGAAUAUGGACCCUGUUUGUCAUAUUUUUCUUCUUCUUCUGGCUUUCCACAAGAUAAAUCCAUCUGUUUCGUCUUGUAUCACAGGAUGCUCUUGUUCUCAAGACAGCUUUGGAAGGAGUUUGCUCUGCAUGUCUGCACUGCUGAGGCAGAUCCCUGCAAACAUCCCUCAGGACAUCCGGAAAAUUAGAAUCGAAAAUUCUCACCUAACAGAAUUGCCUCGUGGGUCUUUUGAGAAUGUUAGUGCCUUGGAGUAUCUCUGGCUCAAUUUUAACAACAUCACGGUGAUGCACAUCAAGAGCCUGGAAUAUCUGCCAGCUCUGCAGGAGCUGCGCUUGCAAGGGAACAAAUUAAGUUCAGUGCCAUGGACAGCAUUUCAAGACACCCCGACUCUGAAAAUCCUGGAUCUGAAGCACAACCGGCUGGAUGUCCUUCCAGAACACGCGCUCCGCUAUCUGCCCAACCUGACCUAUUUAGAUCUAUCCUCAAAUCAGCUUACCAUCAUAUCCAGGGAUGUCUUCUACAACUGGCCUGUCUACCAGAGAAGCCAGAGGACAGAGGGGCAGAUAGAAGCUAUUUCCAAUGCCGUUCUGGCCCUCCACGACAACCCCUGGAUUUGCGACUGUCGCCUGCGGGGAUUUGUCCAGUUUAUCAAGUCGGUUGGCCCACCUAUUAUUCUGAUGAAUUCCUAUUUAACGUGCUCAAGCCCAAAAUUCAGGACAGGGAAGUUUUUCCAUGAAGUGGAGCUUAACAGCUGCAUGAAGCCCCUGACCUCAGCCCUUGACACCAAUCUGACAGUCCCAGCGGGGCUAAACAUCACCCUGACCUGCUUUGUGCAAGCCAGCCCAUCCCCUGCUGUCUGGUGGACCUAUGCACUCAAACUUUUAAGGGCAUUUAAUGUGACCACUGAGCCCAUCAGCGAGGAGACUGUCCGCUCUGAGCUGCUGAUCCCAGCGGCACGGCCAGCAGACGCCGGCAACUACACCUGUACAGCCGCCAACUUCUUGGGUAACACCUCAGUGGCCAUCAACCUCCGUGUGGUGGCCCCUUGGGCAUCCACCACCCCGCAGGGCUGGGCUCCCAUGGCCCCCGCUGAGCCGGGCGCCCACGUGGAAGUGCGCAUAGCCAAGCAGACGGUCUAUGGAAUCACCCUGGAGUGGUUUGCAGCGGCGGCGGCGGCAGCAGAGCCGGGGGAGACCUGGUACACCCUCCUGGUGGGCCGCUAUGAUGCCGCCCAGAAGGACACCAUCUACAUCGGCCCCGGGGUCAACACCUACUCGGUGACCGACCUGCUGCCUGCCACCAAAUACGAGGUCUGUGUGGCUGUGCGCAACCAGGCUCCCCGCAAGGGCCAGUGCGUCGUCUUUGUCACGGGCAGCGACGUCAGCCAGAUGGAGCAGCGUGAGAAGCUCAUCCACAUCGUGGUCAUCGUGUGCGCCAUGGUGCUGGCCGUGCCGGCCGGCAUGUACGCCUGCACCGCUGAGGCCCUGCCCGGCUGCCUGGCCCGCUGCCCCAGAGCCUGCCCCCGCCGCCGCCGCGGGGGCCAGGCACAGGCUGCCGGCAGCAAGGAGAGCACGCUAGACAGCAUUCCCGCAGGCAGCGAGGAUGGGCUCUGCCGCCCCGAGGACAUCCACAGCACCCGGCGGCCCCCCGCCCGUGAGGAGCCUGGAAAGAACCGGCCGCCCCACAGGAACAGCGCCGACCUCUACUAGGGCAGCCCCUGCUCGCCCUGUGAGUGCAGCCACAGUGGCACCUUUCACAGACCACCGAGCCACAGCACGUGCUGGUUUUCUCGAAGGACCACGCCGGGGCGGCUCUGUGCUGCAAGGACUCGGGGCACGGUGGGAUGCAUGACUGUUGUUUGCAGCAGGCCUGGGGAGCCCUGGGAAUGGAGAUGCCCGGUGUGUCCGGCCGCGGGUGUGGAGCUGUGCCUCCGCAGCCCUGGGCUGCCCCUGCAGCACUGCCAUGGAGCAACGCACACUGACACACCAAGAAAACCAGCAUUGACAAAAAAAACAACCCACAAACCAAUAUCAAUGCUUCUGAACAAAGGUCAAAGGUCUCCCCUCACUCACACAGGCGUGUCUUUAAUUAUUUAUUCUUCUUGUUCACAGCUCUGCCCAGCGCCAGGUGCCAGCUUCUCCUGUGUGCCACCUCCUGGGAAUGGACAGGGAGCUCAGCAGGGCUGUGGUCAUAGCCAGCAACAAGUGGUGGGGAGGACUGGGUGAA